GAGCCCCUUGCUUGACAGCAAGCAUCGAGAGACCGGGAUCUGCCUUUGGGGUCAGCCAUAAAAGGGAGAAGACACAAGUAAAAAAGUCUCUGCCACAGGAAAUGGAGAUCACGACCGUACCUACAGUUCUUCAUGCUGACCCCCUUAAUUUUACUGACCAAAAUGAAAACGAUGAGUACGCCAAGAUGUACCUUUUGUGGAAAACAAUGAACAUUGUCUCAAUAGUAAUCUACAGCAUUGCUUUUGUGUUGGGAGUUGCAGGAAAUGGGCUGGUCAUUUUCAUCACCGGCUUCCGGAUGAAGAAAACAGUCAACACGGUGUGGUUCCUGAACCUGGCCAUUGCUGACUUUACCUUCACCCUCUUCCUGCCCUUCAGCAUCGCUCACGUAGCCUUGGAGUUUCAUUGGCCACUUGGCUUGGCCAUGUGCAAACUCAUCAGCGCCUUGACCUUCGUCAACCUCUACGCCAGCGUCUAUCUCCUGGUGGUCAUCAGCAUAGACCGCUGCAUUUUUGUGAGGCAUCCUGUGUGGGCUCAGAAUCAUCGGACACCCCGGCUGGCUUCUUUUGUGGCCUUGUGCAUUUGGAUCAUGGCUUUGGUGUUAUCCUCUCCAGUCAUCUAUGUCAAAGAUACAGCCCCAAGUCAGGACAUUCCAGAUGCAAUUGACUGCUACAGCAAUUAUGGGGACACCAAGGAAAAAAGAUGGCUGAUGCACCGUGCAAUACUCAUCAGCCGUUUCAUCCUUGCCUUUGUCAUCCCCUUCUGUGUCAUUGUCGUGUGCUAUGGGGCAAUUGUUCUGAAGCUGAGAAGAAACCGGUUGAAUCACUCAACCAAGCCCUUCAAGGUCAUCACAGCAGUGAUUGUAGCCUUUUUUGUCUGUUGGUUCCCCCAUUAUGUCUUCUCUUUCCUCGAGACAAGAGCUGAUGCGCAAGAACUGCACUUAGUGUUUCUCAUUGGUGUUCCCUUGACCUCUAGCUUGGCUUUCAUCAACAGCUGUCUCAACCCCUUCUUGUAUGUCUUCAUGGGGCAUGAUUUCAAGGAGAAAGUGAGGCGCUCCCUCUUCUCUGCCUUGGAGAAUGCCUUUGCUGAAGAUAUCAGCCAUAGCACCGCAAGCACCAAGGUCAAGUUUUCACUUGAGUUGGAGUCCAAGGAUUGUAGUCAGUUCUGAAGCUGUCUUGUUUAGCUUUCUGAUCAAUAAAGGAAAAAACAGAACUAAAGCAUCCCCAGCUAAUGAUUGUCAAGCUAUGUUUAAAGACCCCAGGGAGAGACAGAUCAUGAUGUUCUUGACCAGUGGUGGCCAGUCAUGGCUCCCCAGAUGUUCUUGGGCUAAAACUCCCAGAAGCUAUCACCACUAGCUGUGUUGGCCAGGAUUUCUGGGAGUUGUAGUCUAAGAACAUUUAGGGACCCAAGGUUGGGAACCACUGGUUUAGACAAUUGCCUCCAUUAUCAGAGAUUUCUCUUUAUGUUCUACCAAAAUAUAGUCCGCUGUAGCUUAGGCUGAAUGGAGCUAUCCUUGCUUUCUGGCCUGGUGAAUAUGUCACCUCAAUGUGCUUUGAAGAAAUGUGUUCCAGAAAAGUCUCAUUGAAUGAUAAGAGUUCGACGAAGCUUUGUCAGAUACUACGUUACAUCCUAGUAGUUCUGAAACCAGUUGUAUUGGCUCUUGCCUUUCCAUUGGACUAUUUCAUUGAUGUGGAGAGGGGGGAUUUGCUGCU